GUGAUUUGUACGUCGUAUUACGGAAUAUUUUAGGUUCUUCUCUUCCUUUAGUACCACAUCUGAACCACCGUCUUAGAAAGUACACAAAUAGUCAUAAUGUAAUGUAACAAAUCUAUAAAACUAAUCAGAUCAUUUUACGCAAACUAAUUUUUAUUUUGCUUUUCAGAGGAAAAUGUACAAGUGGUGAGUAUUUUAUUUAGAAUUAUCGAGAUCUAUUUUAUAUCGCCUUUCUACUGAAUACCAUAUUUUUCACUGAUAUUCCCUCUCGUUUGAACUUCGUAAUUCAGCCCUAUAUCGCAACUGCAAUUAAGUAUAAAAGGGUGAUGAACGCUCCUGUAUACUUAGUUUAACGUUGAACAUCGUUAAUAUCAUUUAAUAUUUGCCUUAAGCCGAAGUCUACGAGAUAAGUCCAUAUAACAGCGACUUUUUAUAAUUGUUUGGACGAAUGAUGGUAAAUUUGCUUUGUAAAUGGUUAGUUUAUUUUGAAAAAAUGCUUUUCACAUUGUUUUAAUUGUCUGCAUUGGUUAACGAGAAUUAAAUGCCACCCAAAAAUGGCGGAUAUUCGUCAUCUUGAGAAAGGCUAAUUAAGGUCGUCCUUCCAAAACCUCAACCUUAAACUCUGAGCGCGCAAGGGAUGAUGGGUUUUCACCUAUUAUAGGCCCUUGAACUCAGAAAAUUGCCUUUGCUGCAAGUAUUUUAUUCUGUCGGGAGUCUUCUAUAUGUCUUAAUUAAGUAUUCUAGCAAAGCCAAAUUUCAAAGUUUAUGAGUAUAAACUAAGCAAUAACCCAUCACUCCUUGCGCGCUCAGAGUUUAAGGUUUAAGUUUUCGCAAGGACAGCCUUAAUUGAAUUUGCCGUAUACAAAUAAGGUCCUAAACGGCUAAAUGGGAACUGGGAUUUGCUUAUUUUUGGACUGGGAAAAUGGGAUUUGGGUUACUAGGAAAGGGAAUGACAGACACAAAAAUGGGAAUGGGAAAACCAUAUACAUGUAUCAUUAAAAGACAAAGCUAGAACUUUAAGAAAAGCUACGGAGCAACUUUUGAUUGCAAAUUUGUUUAAAAAUGUCCGGAGAGACUGGAUUCUGCCGUUUGACUACUAGAUCAUUUUUCUGCUAUUGCAAAUAAGUGAUUUCCUUAUGCCUAGCGGGUCGGCCAUGAUAGAUUAUAUAUUGCAUGCCAGUAAAUCUAUUUAAUUGCAGAAAGUGACAAGUAUUUAUAGACUUCGAACCUUUUACUCGGAAAAGCUAGUUGUAAAGAGAGCAAAUGAAUGCAUAAUUGAGUUCCAAGUCAAGACAUAGAUAGAUGUAUACCUAAUCUGAAGUCUUCAAUUUUACAUUUGGGACUGGUCACUGGGAUAUGAUUUAAGAAAUGGCUGGGAAAUGGGAUUUAGAGAAGAAAUAGAUUGCAUGGUCCGGAAAUGGGAUUUAGACCACCUUCAAGACCCUCUGUAAUAAAGUUAACAAUGAAUUAUAACUAAUGAUUAAUUACUCCAGUUCCAAGGUCCUGCCGGAGAUCGUGGAGAACCAGGCGUAAAGGUAAAUCAUCAACUUUUAUGUUCAGAAUACAAUGGCUCGAAGCAACUUUUUAAAUUAUUUUUUAAUAUCAAUACUGCCUGUUAAUACUGCAUGUUCAAUAUCAAUACUGCAUGUUCCAUCGUCUUUAAUUAUGAUACUUUGUGGUCUAGCUAGGCAAAGGCGUAGCUACAUGGGGUGGGAGGGGGUGUUACGAACACACACUUUAUUUCAGCACCAAUUUGUAAUUCUUUCAAAACUGAGGAGAAACUGGGGGGGGGGGACGUAACCUCUUAAUGUUUUCAUCUAUGACAUAAAAUAUACCAAAUCUGUGGUUUUCAGAUUAUCAUGAUAAAACGUGUCUAAACUGCAUGAAAUAGCGCUUCGUAUAAUAUAAAAUAAACAUAUUUUCCGGGGACCCAUAUCCCCGGCCGGCCAGAUGAUUAGACCCUCCCACUCGUUUGGGGCUGGUUACACCCCUGUAGCUGUUUAAAAUGACUGAUUAAAACCCCGUGUUUUUGUCGUGUGUAUACAUCUCCGAUAAUGAUGAACGAUGAUGAAAGUUUAAUUACCGCGCAACACUAUACGCGAUUCAAGGUAACUUGAUUAUUACUGAAAACUAUCAGUAGAAAACAUACUGCAUGAUGUUUCGACAAAGGGUAAAAAUUCCGAAACAAAUUUAGAAUUUAUAAGACUGUUGCCGACAAUGGCAGCCCAACGCUUGAAAUCUAAAAGUUAAUUUUGAUUUAGUAAUAUAAUUAUUUUUCUGCAGGGUAUCAGUGGAGACGACGGACGGUCUGGUGAACGGGGACGUGAAGGACAGGCGGUUAUUAUUUAUAUUUAUAUAUAAUACUGUAUGGUACUUAAGUUUACGGUUUUCCAAAAUAUCCCUGCAAGACGAAGUGCCUAUACCUUUUUUUGUUUGUUGCAAGUACUAGUACUUAGCCUACUGUAGCAAUAGACCUUCCCCCUUUUGAGUGAAAUUUUGAUCUAGACAAGUCUGGACAAAAAUUUCAUCACAGCUUGAAAGAGCAUCACAAAAUUAGUAAUAUUCCGAAGUUUCGUUGCGAAAUGUUGUAAAAUGCGGAUAAUAUAGCCUUGCGAAUUUGCCGUUUUUCAGUCAUUUUGCAUUACAAACGGGAAAUUGAUAAUCAGAUGAUCAAACUGCAUGAUUAUCAAUUUCCCGUUUGUAAUGCAAAAUGACUGAAAAACAGCAAACUUCGCAAGGCUAUAUUAUUCGAAUUUUACAACAUUUCGCAACGAAACUUCGGAAUAUUACUAAUUUUGUGGAUGGUCUUUCAAGCUGUGAUGAAAUUUUUGUCCAGGCAUAUCUAGAUCAAAAUUUCACUCAUAAGGAGAAAGGUCUAUUCACGCAAUAGUUAUUAUGAUUGAACACUUUGAAUAAAAUAGAAUGCAAAAAUGUCUAUUUAACUAGAAUUAUGUCCGCAUUGACUUAUAGUUUAAACAUUUAAUCAAGUCCUUCUUUUAACAGAAAAUAUUUCACCUGAAUAAUAAUACAUGGUUCAUCAUACUGUAUGUUGUCUUUAAAUAUUUCUCCUGGGUAUUUUUAGGGACAGUUAGGUCGACCUGGAGAAGAUGGAAAAUACGGAUUUGCAGGCUUACGGGGUCGGCAGGGCUAUCCUGGAAAAAUAGUAAGUGAGAUACGUAUUGCCAAAACUGAUUUCUUUACAAACAAAUAUGUUUUCUCAGUGUGUUACUAAAUAUUUCUAUGUAGAUUCUACGGUUUAGCAACAUGGCUGCGAAAGGUCCAAUGACUGGAACACCAUCCGUUGUGAUUGGGGUAAGUUUUCAUGUUUACAUUUCGCUCCAAUUAGAUCGGUUCGUUUUUCAAUUGAUUACUUCAGUACUUUGAACGUUGUAAUACAGGGUGUAUAAAAAAAGGUAAUCGAACUUCAGCGCCCUAUUCGGUACCUGAAUUGCUCUGCGUAUAUGAACGAGAUUUUUUCGUAUUCGGAAAGAUCACACUUUUAGCUGUUGAAUGACAUGUUUUUCAUGCCAAAUGGAUAAAACAUAUCAUUCAACAUUUAAAAGCCUGAUCUUUCCGAAUACGAAAAAAUCUCGUUCGUAUACGCAGAGUAAUUCAGGUGCAAUAGCGCGCUGAAGUUCAAUUACCUUUUUUUAUCAGUACACCCUGUAGAACAGUGGCGGUUUUAGUAAGGAUUUCAAGGAAAGCAUAAUUAUUGUCAACUUUAUAGAAAUUUCUCAAAUGCUAACACUUGCAUGCAGAAACAAUCAAAUUAAACUGCAUCUCUCAUUUUCAUUUAUUUGCUUCCAAACUCAUUGUUGUAAUUCUUCCUGAAACCCACUUAGGCCCUAUACAAGUUUAGAGACUGCAGAUACAAUGUAACUCUUGUAUACUGUAGGCUUUUUUUCGUCACAUAUUUAUUUCACUCAACCAAACAAUAUAGAAAUACAAUAGGCCUACGUACAACACGCACGCGUGACAGGAAAGAACAUAUUUAUAGAUUCUAAUUACUACUUGUAUAGGUUCCACAUCAAUUCAUCAAUUCAGAUCGUCAAUUGUCCUCACCAUUGAAUUAAUCCAACCAAUUAACAUUAUCUGUUUUCUUCCAUUGCAGUAAUUUGUACAUGUAUGUCAUACAGUACGUGUUUUUCAUAAUCCGCUUGUUUUUUCUUACAAUUGUUAUUUGUCCGAUUCUCCCACAUUUUAUUAUAUAGUAAUUGGAUCUCUCAAAUACGGAACAGAGUAAAGUUUCUAUAUUAGUGUAGCCUGCGUAGUCAGCGGUUUUAAGAGAUUGCGAUUGAGAAGGUUGGGAGGCAGGCGCGGGAACGGCGAAAAUGCGUGCGAGAAAAGUUCGUCUUUCCUGUGCCUCGCCACAGGGAGCUCACCCCGGGUCUUAUUAUAGCAUUACAUAUGAAAAUAUAUUAUAGUUCAGUGUUGAAAGCGGUCAGAGGCCUUUGCGGGUUGGUUUACACGCGUAGCCUCGCCUCAGCAAUUUUUUUUCCGUAGACAGUCGGACUCCUCAUUGAUAGUCGGACGCAUCAUUGACCCGCGCCCUUAAACAAAACAUUCAGCGGAUACUCUUAUUAGAUGCGCCUUCUCAACACACGCAAUUGGUGAUUUCAAAAUAUUGUAUUGCUUUGUUGAGAUGUCAAAAUCUGAGCAGGACAGAUUGUGGCUUCAUAUCUUGUGUGGUGAUGGCAUCUGACAUAUUUUAUUAUGAAUAAGUUAUAUUGGCCAUUCCCACUUGCUUUUUUUUGCUUUUUAGCUGCCCGUGCCUCAAUCCCAACCCUUAACCACCAGCUACGUUUGUAGAGGUCACCAUGAUCACGUUUAAAAUUCAAAUAUGUUUUGAGACAUCAGUGUGAAUUAACGUAUUCUACCCUACAUUGGGCACAUCAAUUAUAUACUGCAUAUGCCCAGUGAUAUACGUACUGUAUGCAUCAUGCAUGUUUUCGAACGAUCGGACUACAAGUCUGCAACGCAACGGAGAUUGUAUGACAUACACAUAGUAGGGCGGCAGAAAGAAAUUUACCCGGCUUUUUCCCAUUGUGCCCGACUUACCAAAACCAAUUUUCCCUAUAAACUUUCCAAAAUUUCCCCCAUCUUUUUGCCCAACUUACGUUUAUAAUUUGCACUUAUCAUCACCAGUGUAUCACCAUUUAUAAUGAGGUUAAAUUAAAAUGUAUUGGCUCUCUGGAACUUGAUUCAGGUCCGUAUUAUUGAGGGUCUUUUAAGAAAAAUAGGUGAGAAUUUUGUUAUGUCGGGACAUAAUAAUAUAUAUAUAUAUAUAUAUAUAUAUAUAUAUAUAUAUAUAUAUAUAUAUAUAUAUAUAUAUAUAUAUAUAUAUAUAUAUAUAUAUAUAUAUAUAUAUAUAUAUAUAUAUAUAUAUAUAUAUAUAUAUAUAUAUAUAUAUAUAUAUAUAUAUAUAUAUAUAUAUAUAUAUAUAUAUAUAUAUAUCCAUAAAUCAAAUAGUUAGUAAAUCCGGAUUUUCCCAUUCCUUAUUUCGGCAGGAAGAAACUGUAAUAGGUAGUCCUGAUAGCAAUAGUCAUCAUUUUCCUAACGCAGUACAUUUGGUGGUUUUUGUCAAGACCAAUACUUUAUAACAUGUCUAAAAUGUAGAACAUUCUUCUGCAAAAAUACCUAAAGAGCUGAUGGAGAGAUUUAAAAUAAUAAUAAUAAUAAUAUAAUAAAUUUUUAUAUGAGAAUUUAUUUUGUCGGGACAUAAUAAAUUCUCAUAUAUAAUAAUAAAACUGCCCGUAUAUUAAUUGGAGAAGUGUCCGUGGGUAAUUUUUUAAUUCAUAAUUUCAUCAAUUCGCAGGGUAACUAUUAUGCUCCACGUGGACGAAGGGGAACACCUGGUGUAAGGGUAUGUGUGCUAUAAAACUACUUACUGUGAGUAUAUGUAGUAGUAUAAAUGCCUAAUACCUCCUUACAAAUAUGUUUCUAUAUUAAGGGUAGACAUGGAUUAAUUGGAGAAACGGGACCAAGUGGUGGACAGGCACCAAGAGUAUGUCAUAUAAACUAUAAAAAUGCUUGCGCAAUUUGUGAUUGCUCCUACAAUUCACUUAUUCAUCAAUAGCGACGCCAUCUUGAAUCAUGAUGCAUUAUGGGUUAUCCAGGGUAAAAAUCCGAAUUCAAAAGCCUUUAAUGUCGUAUUGAGACACAAUACGAUAUUUUUUUUUUCAUAAACACUUUCUUGAGGACAAUGAGGCAGUGUAAAUCAAUUUUAUGCGCACUUUGUUGAAAUUAUUUCCCUUUUUAGGCCUAACAAAGAUUUAAACUAUAGAUUUAUCCUGAUUUUUUUAUUUUUCCCAGCUUUUGUGUGUUUUUCUAGUUCUUCUAAAAAUUGUCUGUUAUUUUCAACUAUAAAAACGUGUGUUUUCGCCUACAUAUUUGAUUUACGACCCUGGAUCACCCAUAAUGCAUUGCGUUGAACGCAAAAUUCAAGAUGGCAUCGCUAUUGGUGAAUAGGUUAAUUGUUUAUACUGAUUCUACAACUGACUCGUACCCAGUCGUCAAUGAGUACAUGUACAUAUCAGCGUUUAGAAACCUACCACACCCAUUUUCUAUUGUUCUCGGUCUGUUUUGAAGGCUGAGCUAAAAAUGUAAGACCCGGUAUGGGUCUUACAUUUGAAAGAAAGAUCUGGCGCAUACGUCUUGAAUUCGGGACUUGGAUUUGCAACAAAACUCAAGUCCCACAUCUCCUUUUCGACUAGAAAACACUGCACGUCUCUGAGUCGAGAAAGCGACAACAGCCGUGUACCUCAGAGCCCGUCAAACUCUAUCAUUAGGUAAGAGUAACUCAGGGCAUUUUUUAAGAAAUUGCAACUACUGGGGCCAAGUCUCAAUGAGGACCUUUUGCCCGCACAGUUACCUGUGCUCAGGGGCGGCGCUAGCCCUAUUUGAAUGAGGGGAGGGGGGCGUAUAAGUGAAAUAUUUCUUUUCCCAAAAUUGUCGGCGAGUAGGGGGGGGGGGGCAGGAGAAGGGUGUUUCACGGCUUUACAUGAAAAACGUUUUCGCACAUUAAACUUUUUAUUUUCUUUUCGGUUAACGUAGCAUAGUUCGUUUAAUUUUCCGUAAUUUUUUAGUACAUUUCUCUACAAUUAUUUGUGUUUAAUCAGUGUCACUUAAAUAUUUUAGUUUCUUUCCUUCCUAUCCAACUGAGAUUAGAUAAUUUACUGACUAUCUGACGACUGGAUUGAGGGGUGUUUCAACCGCCCCCCCCCCCGCACACACACACAACCCCCCCUUUAGCGCCGCACCUGCUUGUUCUAACUUUUAUAAGAUGGAAUGUCCAGAAUGUGAGAGGAUAUGAGAGGGCGGGCAGAUUUUUCAACAAGAUUGACUUUUUACUAAUGAUCAAAAGGGCUCAGUUCAUCUGAAAAUCUUGCUUCACUACUGGGGCAAGCAAAGGGCCUACUGGAGUAAAUGCCCCAGUAGUUAUAUAGUAGUAACUAUCAUUCGGCGCACGAGGAGUAGGCGAAUAGCUGGAUCAACCGUAAAACUUCCAGUGCUUCCACUAUUAAAUUUUAAAAUUCCUGAGAUUUGUGUCAAAAUUUUCUUAAUAGAAUUUCCUUGAAAUUUCCUUGAGAAAACUUUUAGUUAAUUUACGGCUUAAUUUUAUAUUCAUCGCAGUGUUUAACUUGUUAGAAAUCAAUACAAUACUCUUUAAAUCAACACAGUUACUUUUAAACAGUUAUCCAUAUCAAUUUAAUAGUAAAUUCGUCAACAGUUGUGACAGAAAAUAUGAGCGGCAUAUUGCAUAAUGACAAUGUACAGAAUAUUUCCCUAUCUCCUCAAUUGUUAAACAUGUGCAACAACAAAAACAUUUCUCAGUUGUUUACAUAAUAAUGUGUGUUAAUUUAUCAACAGGUCCCAAACAAAUAAACAGUAAAGUGAAAAAUUAACGUAAAGCCAGGGCCGUAGCAACCGGGGCUGGGGGCUGCCGCCCCCCAAUAAUUUUCUAAUAAUCAUUCUUUUUUUCAAAAUCAUGCAGACCUUUAUCAAUUUUAAGCUUUAUUAGUUUUAAGCGGCUACAUUAUACAUGACAAACUGCAAAGAAUGAAGAUAUUACCCACGCUUUCCUGCAACUUAUCCAAUAUAUAGUUAAUUAAAUACACCUUCGCCCAUUUAGUACUACCAAAUUGUAAAUUUCGACAUACUAAAACGCUGUUUUCUGACCAUCAGAAUUAUGUCAAAUCUUCCCCAAAGUCCAGGAAAUGGCAUUUCAGAGACUCUAAAUUUAAAAAUUUCCUCGGGCCUUCGGCCCUCGCUUUCAGCCCCCCCCCCCUCCAAUAAAAAAGAGCUUCCUACCGCCCUGUAAACCAACUAUUGUGCAGUUAAAUUGUGCAAAGACGAGUGCCAUGUGCAAUAGUAUGAUUAACUUGGAUUUCAUCAUUUCUAAAUCUAUAUUUUAAUUUAGGUAAUGGCACAGAAUAGAAAUAGGGGUAGUGGUCCGCGGUUGAGUGGUUGUCUUGAUACUUCAUGUAGAUAUGUAAUGAUGUUAAAUGUUCUGAAAUUAUCAAUACACAAAAUAGCCUGCAACAAUUUACCAAGACUUUAACUUUUAAUUAUUUUUUUAUUGUUUAUAUAGACUGUUUAUCAUAUUUCCUUAAAUUUCCUUGAUUUUUCCCAUCCUUGAAAAUUCCUUUUGGGGGUGAAAAUUUCCUUGAAAAAGGAAAUUUCCUUGAAAGUGGAAGCACUGCAAACUUCCUUGUGCAGGGAAUUUAUACAGUAAUAUCUACUCUUUCGCUUGUGGGACGUGAAAUGAUAUAUUGCGCAUGCUUAACCACAUUAAAGCGUAUGUAAUGCGCAUGUUACGCCUUAUUUCGUCCCACAACCACAACCUCUCGAGGACAAUAGAAAAUGGGUGUGACAGGUAUAUAAACAACAUAAAAACCUCAUGGUCGGUCUUUCAUUGGAAUUCAGUCUUUAACCUCCCAUUCGUUUUUUAUCCUAUAUAUACAUGUAUAGACUGAGCUGAGGAGUGUAACUAUAGAGCUGCUCCUAUCGGUUCAUUUUCACAAUCGUUUAAUCGUUAUCAUAAAUGGAUUAAUAUCGAUUAAUCGUAUUGAUUAAGUAAUUUAAAUUUAGCAUGUGCGGAUGUGCCUCCCUUGUUGUCUCCCAACAAUUCAUCAUUAUUUGCGUUUGGAAUUGUUGUUUACUCAAGGUUAUAGAUUGCGCACUUUCUCGUGUACGCAGAGUUCACACAAGUGGACAACUGACAAGACAAUGACGAUGUUUAGUUUACGUUUGACACUUGUAAAUGAUACUGUAAUGGCCCAGACACACCGAAUCCGAUUUUUCAAUUUUCAAAUCAAGUUAAUAAAAUCGUUUUAAAAAGAAAUUUUACAAGCUACGCAGACCAAAUGACUCAACAUGUUAUAGCGCAACUAAAUAUUUGAAAAACUUAAAUCAGGAUCAAAGUUUAUAUCUGAAAGGAAAUAGGGUUGUUUAUUGUUCAGAUUAUUAUGAAGAAUAAUCGAUUGUGGAAAGAAACGAAACAAUAUAUCAUCGAUCAAUCGAUUAAUUGGGAACAGCCCUAAUUGUGAAAACGACAAAAAGCAUUGAAAGGGCCAUUAUUUUUUUCAAUCCACAUUUCAGGGACUGGGUACGAGUCAGAUACUACAAUGGGUAUUUGAUAAUUGGGAACAAACUGUGUAUAAUUAACACAGUGCACGCAUAAAAUAAUGCAUAAAAUAAUGCAUUGUAUUGCCUGUUAAACAAUGCUUGCAGGUUCAUAAUGCUAUUCUACACCUCAUACUGUACGUUUGAGCUUUUUCUUUGUUUGGCGCUAGAUGAAAAAAGUUUGCCACGUGCGGCAGCUAGGCACUGUCAACGUGCGUUCACGCACCGCAUUCAAUUUCAUUUCUUUGCGCUUGCCUGUUGCUAAGCCAAAUUAUAAUCACUUAAUAGUUUACUCAGUAUGAGGGGCGUUGAUUUCCUUUUGGAAUUAGGUACAUCUGAUGCCCUAUAGCGUUUACAAUAAACAAAUUAGAGUAAAUUAAAUACAUGCACAUACUAUAUACUAAGCCACACUUUUAUUUCUUAACACAGGGACGACCUGGUCCACCGGGGUCGGUUGGACCACGAGGAUAUGGUGGAUUCAAGGUGAAUUUACUUUAUAUACAGUAGUUGUUUUGUUGCUUAAACCUGCAGUUUCAUUUAUUAACGAAAGAUUUGGUAAUAUUUAAUUUUUAGGGAAAGCCAGGUGAUCCAGGACACAAAGGUCGCCGAGGAAGGCAAGGGGAAAUGGUACUUUUAAAUAAAUAAAUAAAUAAAUAAAUAAAAACCAACUUUCCGCUUAAUAAGCAACCAAGCCUAGAUUAUUAGAAAUGAUCGCUCUUCAUCUUGUGGAGGUGGAGUGUGCAUUUUUAUAAACAACAGUAUAUAUUGUCAACGCCUAACUGCUUUUGAAGAUCCUACAGUUGAGUCCUUGUGGCUCCUCGUUAGACCCACAUGGCUCCCCCGCUCGACUUCAGUUAUACUAUUGGCUGUAAUCUACCACUCCACAUCAGCUGGCCACACCAAAAAUGUAAACCUUUAUUCUCAUAUCCAAACCAAUGUUGAUACUUUCAUGCAAUCACAUCCUGAUGCCCUUGUUUUAAUCACAGGAGACUUCAAUUAUAGGAGUACUGGUUUCAACGCAAAAUAUAUCCAAAGAUCAAUUGGCCUUUUCCAAAUAAUUAAGGUGCAUACUAGAGAUAAUGUAACCUUAGACUGGUGCCUAACUAACCGCAAUAAUAGCCUAUACGAUCCUAUCAAAUUUCCACCUCUAGGAAACAGUGAUCAUAACAUGGUUUGUUUAAAAUCCCUAAAUCCCCCUUUAAAACCUGAUAAAGUCAAGGUAUGGAAGCGGGACCUUGGGAAAGCUCGUUACAACCUUUUGGCCGCUGGAUAACUUCAUUUGAUUGGUCAGAUAUUUUUACUACAAAUGCGUGCGAAGAUAAAUAUGGAAAAUUUAAUGACAUAAUGAGUGAUAUGAUUGAUAUUUUACUCCCUUUGAAAAGAACUAAAUUAAACUAAAUGUGACAAACCAUGGCUGACGUCAUUAAUAAAAGAGUUAAUUAUAAAACGUCAAAAAGCUCUCCAUUAUUAUGGGAAAAAUUCUGAUGCGUAUAAACUCUGGCGAAACCAAGUCCAGCAAUCAAUUCAAUCGGCCCGAUUUAAGUAUUAUGCCCAAUCAGUUGAGAAACUAAAAACUUCCAAUCCCUCAAGAUGGUGGAAACAAAUUAAGUCGUUGGGUGGUAUAUCUUCCAAAAGUUGUUGGUAUAAUCAACUACUUUCUAAUGAUAUUCCUAAUUGCCAUGACUUGGCUGAAGUAUUUAACUGUUUCCUUUCCGGUCUUACAUCACAUUUUACUCCUUUAACACGCGAGGAAGAACAAUUUGAUUUCAAUGUACCAGGUGAAUACUUCAUCGACGCUAAUAAAGUGUACAAUGAACUCCGCAAAAUUAAAACCAAUAAAAGCCCUGGUCCAGAUAUGAUACCUAACAAAAUUUUGAAAGUCUUUGCAUAUGAACUUGCUCCAGUUAUUACGGACAUUUACAAUUCGUCUAUCAUUCAGGGCGUGUUUCCGAUGAACCUCAAACGGUCUAUUGUAGUUCCAAUCCCUAAAGUCUCACUACCUCAAAGCGUGGAGGACGAUCUAAGACCCAUAUCAUUAACGUCCCAAAUUUCUAAGGUCAUGGAGGGGUUCACCUUGACAAAAUUAUUUGCACAAAUUGAGAGUAAAUUGGACACGAAGCAGUUUGCGUUACCAGGGAAAUCUACGACUCACGCCCUAACAUACCUCCUGCACACCAUUUUGUCUUCCCUUGAGAACACUUCCUGCUCCGCUAGAUUGUUUUUUGCAGACUUUAAAAAGGGGUUCGAUCUUGUUGAUCAUAAUGUCAUAAUAUGCGAGCUGGAAAAUCUUGGUGCACAUCCUGCCAUAGUGAGGUGGAUAAAAGCUUUUCUUAGCAACCGUGAACAGUGUGUGCGAAUUGAAAACUCAUACUCGUCGUGGAAGAAAACAAACGGUGGUCUACCACAAGGAACAAAACUAGGACCGCUACUUUUUGCAGUCCUUGUAAAUUCUUUGCUCAAGGAUUGGCCUGGGAGAGUCAAAUUUGUCGACGAUACUACGGUCUUGGAAAUAAUUCCACGAUGUUCACCCAGCUUCCUACCAAUUAUCGUGGACCAAAUAUCCGAUUAUGCAAACGAACGAGGAAUGAGACUAAAUCCAAAGAAAUGCAAAGAUAUGGUUAUUACGUUUCUUAAGUAUAAACUGGUAGAAAAUGACAUUUUUAUAGGCGGCGAUGUGGUGGAGAGAGUCUCCAGUUUUAAACUACUAGGCGUGUGGUUGACUAACAAUCUUUCGUGGGAUAUACACGUAGAUAAAAUUUUAAAGAAAGCGAAUUUACGCAUCUAUGCUUUACGCCUAUUAAAGAAAGCUGGAUUGAGCCCUUUAAACAUUGUUCAUAUUUAUUGUGCAGUUAUAAGAUCCCAGUUGGAGUAUGCAUCACCAGUUUGGUUCGCUCUUCCAAAGACAAUAUCAGACCUUAUUGAGUCGGUGCAAAAAAGAGCUUUAAAAAUCGCGUAUCCCCAUCUAUCUUAUGAUGAAGCAUUACACAAAAGUAACAUUAAACUACUGAGUACAAGAAGAGAAGAAGCAUGUAGGAAAUUAAUUAACUCACUUCGAGACCAAGAUUCGCCACACAACCCUUUAACUGCAAUAGUUAAAUCCGGUCUACCAGACCGAACUCAUAAUUAUGAUCUGCGUAAUAAUAAUCCGCAACUUUUACCGAUUAUGUCUGAACGGUUAAAGAACUUUUUUACCAUUAAAUAUAGUUAACAUUUUAUUAAUACAUUUUUAUAAUAGGUAGUUAAUAAUAAGUAUAUAACAUUGUUAACGUAAAUUUUAAUGUUUAAUAUUGUAAAUAUCCUUUCCAUGCAAUUCAGCUUUAGCUGCAAAAUGGAUUUUAUUAAACUAAUAAUAAUAAUAAGGAUUUCCGAACAAUGCGUGCCUGUUUGUUGCGCAUGCUCAAACACUAGCAGCCGCUGACUUACUAUCGCCAUGCGCAUGCUGGUAUGCUAGAAACCACUGACCGUAAUAACUGACACAUUAACUGCGCUCUUUGUUGUUAACGUAGUUAAAUUGCAUUUUAACUGCAUUUGUUAGAUAGUUAGUGUCAAAGUUCAAUUUUUCUGUUUGCCGAUUGGUCAAAACCGUAUCACGUGCCAGUCCACAAAACGUCAUGUUCACUACGUACUUUACCGAGGAGGCAACCGGUCCACAAUGAAACAUUUAUUGACCGGUCAAUAAUAAAAUGGAUGCAAUACGCAUGCGUGUCAACCAUGAAGUUCCAAAGUUCAUUUUUAAAACUUUUAUUAAACAUUUACGGCGUUCCAUUUAUCUAGUUUUGCUAAGUUCACUUGAAUAACCGGUGAAUUAUUCAUAUUUUGACACUUAUACACUAUACAACAAAACACUUAUUUACUGAGACCUCGGGAAAGCAGUGUGUUUUGUGGUCCCUCAAACGCCGUUGUUGCCUUCGGCUUCGCCUCGGGCAACAACGGCGGUCUCGGGUCCACAAAACACACUGUUUCCCUCGGUCUCAGUAAAUAAGUGAUAACUAUAUCCUGCUUCGCUCCAAACGGGGAGGUAAUUUUGAUCUAAAGUUUGUGGUAUCAGGUUUAAUAUCAGUAUGUUUUCGCUCGCUACUCUGGUUUUAAGCAAAUGAAUGCAAAGCCCAAUCUAGCUGACAGGUAAUAAGUAUCUUAAGUCAGAGGUGGAAGAUGCGGUUGUGGCGCGUCACUCUUGAGUUAAGCCUACUACUGAAGGUGGAGGGUUGCCAGCAACCUGUAUAUCAGCUGGUUUUGACAUGAUUUUAAUUAUAGAAACACAAUAUAAUUACAUAAUAAUUUUCUAAAGAACAAGUAACAAACACUGAUCAAUCAUUAAGCAAGCCAAUAACGAAAAGGUUCAUUUUAGGUCGGUAUUUACCCACGAUGGAGGGUAGGGUAUUGUUAUUCGACUAUCUGACCAUCAUACACAUUUCUCCAGGUACUCCGCUUUCCUCUCACAAAACCCAACCAUACCUGUGCUCGUACAUAUAAGAUGGCAGCCAGAGUCGCUCUAGCACGUUUUGACUCGUUCAUGUUUAAACUGUGUCCUUUGCAAUUCAGCUUUUAACUGCAAGGAAAGAUGAUUUCUGUACCAUUUCUUCUAACAACGUUUUUCUAACAAUUUUUUUAUAUAUUCUGAAAGGGGCUUGAUGGGGACCCAGGGACACAAGGUGCACCUGGCGAAGCUGGAAGAACGGUAUGUUGAUUCACCUGUGUCUAAAACUCAAGAUUUGCUUUUCAUUUCUAAAAAUCAGUUUGUUGUUUUGAAUCAGUUCUUGGUUGAAUAACAGGGGGCGAGGGCGCCAGAUCAUUAUUUAAUACUGUUAAAAGGUGGUUUAUUAAGACCUUUAUAUUUUUCUCUAAGUGCCUCCACAGUGUAGGAAAUACUGUUUCGUGGACCCAAAAUACAAUUUUCUCCCUGGGGAGCAUGUUCCGGACCGCCGCUAGAAUUGCGACUUGCAAAUUAUUUAGUCCCUCUCAAAAUAAAAUUCUGGCGGCGCCACUGAAUAGAGGGUUCGAUUCUUGCGGAAGUCGUACUGAUAAGAAGAUGCAAUCAAAGUACAAGAUUGGUUUCAAAAUGAACACAAUAAACUAUGUAUUCAACGUAAUAAUUAUCAUAAUAUCUUCCUUGCCUUAUUCAUUCUGUUGACGGUUGAUCACCUGUGUAGGGAUAUGAUGGUGAGGUUGGUGAGCAAGGUUUAAAAGCAAAGUCAGGAAAAAAGGUAAGAUUUCCCAUUUUUUCCCAAAGUUUAAUAACGACAUAAUAAGUACUAUUAUACUUUCAUAUUCUGUCCUUGUAUAUUACCUGGUUAAUAGACAAUUCCAGCUUUUAAUUUAUGCGCGCAGGGGGUGAAGGGAAGUAAGGUAUCAUAUUGCUGAUUAUGCUGAAAAUUUUCAAUAAAAACUGCCGAAACAACCGAAAUAUUUUAAUAUUUACAGCAUAAGUUAUCAACCCGUGUUUACACGGCCGCCAUUUUUAUUUUUUCAUCAUAAUCAGCGAUGUGAUACCUUACUUUCCAUCUCCUCCUCCACGCAUAAACUAAAGGCUGGAAUUGCCUAUUCUUGCCUGCAUUUCAAGCCGUAACAAGUGAUACUCUAAAUUGACUCAGUGGAAUUUUUAUUAACCAUAAAGCCCCAGUCUUUCAUACAAUCAAUAAUACAGAACAAGUUUUAUUUACACUCACUUGUUUCAACAAGUUUGUUUUUGUUGUCGUCAUCGCGAUGCAAGAGUCUUAUGGCUUCUAUUUGCAGGGUGCAAAGGGCCUCCCCAGAGGAGCUGGAUCUAAAGGAAGACCGGUGAGUUGUCAAAACAAGAUUAACGUAUAAAGGGUAUCUUCUAUAUAUGCACAGCAUCUUUUCUAAAGGACAAAAUCAAUUGGCUAUAUAUCCAGAAUAUCAAAGUUCGUCUCGUUCACUCAGUAUCGUUGUUUUAGGAGGGUCCUGAAGGGAGGGGGUCCCAAUCCCAUUUCCCACCUGAAAUUUUGGCAAAAUCCCAGUCCCAGUUGGAUUUUUAUUAGAAAUCCCAGUCCCAGUUAUUUUAUUUAUUUUAUUUUAUUUAUUUAGCUUUGCCAACUAGGGCAGGGUCACCACCCCAGCAUAUGCCAAUUACUGUGGGCCCUUUUACCUAACGCACCCUGUCAACUUUCCCUGUGGGAGGAAACCGGAGUACCCGGAGAAAACCCACGGCUUUCGGCAGAGCGUUGACUUUUACUCUUUUCACAUGGGGACUGGGUUCGAGUCGCACUGAGAAGGUACUUAGUGAGACUCGAACCUGCAGCCUCAGAGGUGAAAGGCAAGUGCGCUAACCACUUGGCCACCGAAGCCCCCUCCAUUUAAUUACAGUUAUUGAUAAUUUUACCAAUUUUUAUUACGAACUAUAUUCGAUUAUUAUUACACUGUAGGUAUCAAGGUAUGUAUUCCGACUUACGCCUGUAUUCUAAAAGCUCACUCACACGCAAUGAGUGGAGCUUAAAUCUGAGCUUCUCUUGAGUGUCAAUGCUGUUUUUGAAUAGCUGGAUGGUGAGUAGUCACAUAGUAAGGUAUUACACUACCCCUCCAGCUAUUCAAAAACAGCAAUGACACUCGAGAGAAGCUCAGAUUGAACUUCCACUCAUUGAGUGUGAGUGUAAGUGAGCUUUUAGAAUACGGGCGUUAGAGUUAAUUUUAGUAUUCGCAGAGAAAUUGUGAGCGUGACUUGUACGUUUAUAUAAUAUAUAUGUUCCAGGGUAGAAGGGGCGGAAGAGGACAUCCUGGGGCAAUGGGAGCCAAAGGCGAUCAAGGUUUGAAGGGAUAUCGAGGACAUCAAGGAAGAACUGGACUAGAGGUAAAAAGAUACAGAUAGUACAUUACAAACAGCACAACAUUUAAGCCUAGUAGCCUAGUAUUUAAGCCUACUAGCCUAGUAUUCGUAGCUUUCUAGUUUUGUCAGCAUAAAGGAUAAAAUAAAAAUUCCAAAAUGAAAUCAAAUUCCAACUUCAUUGGUCAUAGAGUAAGUUAUCCGCCACAAUCUUUGGCUUCGGCAGAUCUCAUUGCUUCAGUGUAGAUAAUAUUGAAAUCACAGUCAUCCAAAAAUGUUAAUUGUUUUAUAUAUAGGGACGCCAAGGUAAUCCAGGCCUGCUGGGAGAUAUGGGACCCAUGGGGUUUGUGGGGUACCCAGGAUGGUGGGGAAGAAAGGGGGAUAUAGGAGGUGCUGGAGAAAAGGGGGAUAUGGGAGUACGUGGUAGCGAUGGUGAAGGAGGUUUAGAUGGUAGACAAGGAAAACCUGGAAUGAUGGGACCUAAAGGCGAACAGGUAAAACAUAUAUAUAUAUUGUGUAUUUCCGUUCCCGCUCGCUACUCUGGUUUGUUAAAUUAGACUUUAGACUUACACUGUAAAUUAAUAAAAGCAUUCCCCGGGAAGACUCGAAAGUCAUUACCACAAACAUUGGUUAUAUGACUAGAGGUAUUGUGAAACAUGAACUAUCAUAGGGGUGUAAGCCAUGUUCCACAACAGUAGCCUACCUCCAACUUGUCGGUCGGUGAGACGAUCUCCGGAGUACAGUAUAUAAGGAGCUAGGUCUUAACUUUUGAUCAUCCCUGAUGGAUACACCACAUCGAAUUGUCAUAAUGUGUGGUCGCGAAUGAAUAUUUCAAUGUAAUUCGACUAGAGCUUGCACUCAUUUAUUCGACUUUGCAGAGAAGCGAGGGAAAACAUUUCUACGUUUGCUCUGAAACGAAACAUAUAUUUUACUACGAUCAGGGAAUGAUCGAACAUGAUUAAAGUCGCACUAACCUCAAAAAUUAUUUUGGUAUGAGUAUAACAUUGGGUCAUUCUAAGAAGAAAUAUAUACUUAAAUAACUCAUCUUGCUUAACUGUUUCACUUUCAAAGUUGCUGAAUAUGUUGUAGUUAGAUGAAUUUCAGCAGCAUAAAACAUACAAUUGCAUUUGCAGUUCAUCUAAUGACAUCAUAUCUGGCACUUCUAUACGGUGAAAAAUUCAAUUAAAAUUAGGUUUUUCCCUACACACAUAAUGAUGCUUUAUGGGGGGGGGGGGGGCAAUCUAUAACAAGUUGUGGAUAUACCUACUUGACUAUACAUCCUUAUAAAUUUAUAUGAUCCUCCUUUUCUUCCAGUUUUCACAUAAAACGUGGUCCUCCAUUCAAAUAUUGACCCGCUCCCUAACCACCGUGGAAGGAGAAAUUUCCGAAUUUCACUUUUGUUAUCAUUUUUUUUAUUUUUUUUAAUUUUCAUUCUGUUCUUUUCAUGUUUCAUGUUUGUAUGAUUUAGGGUGAUGCAGGUCCUGCAGCCGUGGGCGCGCCAUCUCAUGCUGUUGGAGAACCGGUAUAGUAAAUAAACGCAUGUAUAAUCAAAAUUAUACAAGUGAUUGUAUUACUUAAAGUGCUAAAACAUUUUAAAUAAAAUAUUUUCAAACUUAAGGAGUGGACCAUUGGAUAUUAUCCUGAGAGAGGGGAGGAGAAUUUUUCCUUCGAAGAAUUUUUAAGUUUAGAUCUUAGUUUUUAUGGUGUAGAAUCUGUGCAGUAACAUCCUUUUACAUAUUUCUGAAUAUUCAAUGAAGUUGCAAGAAUUUGUUUAAAUUCUUUCCCUAAAUGCUUGCGUGACUUUUUUCAAACCCACUCUUAUUUGCAUGAACUUUUUUGGGAUCUGCCACCCGCCUCCCACUGGCCCCUAAGAAGACCCAAUAAUUUAACACAUAUUGAUAGCUAACUGUGAAUCAAUUGGAUGUCAAUCGGUAUAUAAACAGAUACUAACUACUAAUGUCUCUUGAUUUUAAUUGAAUGUAUUUUUUAAUAAUACAAUUUGACAAGCUAAUUUUAGCACAAGUAUUUUGAUAAUAUAAAUUUGGUAAUAAUUAUACGUUACUGUGAUCAAGCGUAUCAGUUUCAUCUUUAUAUAAUAUUUGUUCUUUACCUAUAAUAGUAACUUGAAUAUUUUUGUCCUCCAUGUAGGGUAUCACAGGAGUUCCGGGUAUUCCUGGAGAACCAGGAGAGAAGGUGCAGUACUUUAAUCUUUAUAUUCCUUAUAUUUCUUGCUCGUUGCUUUCUUUGUGUAGCAAUUAAAAGAUAGUCAACAUGGCAGUAAAUUUUGAUCAGGGC